GGAAGCCUCAUGAAAGCCGUGUGGUCGACCACGUGUGCUUGGACUGCUGGAUCAUUGCAUGGUUCCGAUGUUUUAUUCGUCUCCCUCCAAGCCAAGCGGCGCGUUGGCCUAGGCCUAAUUAUUAUGCGAUGGAAGGAGAAUCUCAAGAUCGACUCUACGCCAUCAUCGACCAGCUCCAAAACAUGAGCAGAGAAUUACCCUUGAGGUAUCAGCAGCGUGUUCCAUAUGAGCUUCUUUCAAGUUUGGGGCAAUGUCUCUUGAAUCCCACUGUGUUCGAGAUAGUUCAAGGACUGCGGGAGAUCCAGCAAGUCACUGAAAAGCAUCUGUUUCAACAAAGACUUCAACUUCAGAAUGAACACCGCAUGGCCAAGAGCAAUUUGAUCAGGAAGCACAAGGAAAAGCUGCAAGAGAGUGAGAGUGUGUAUCCUCAUCAAGUCCCACUGCUCACAGCAGAGUAUCAGCGAGAGAUGGCAGCACUGGAGAAGCAGAAUAAAGAUGAUAUUACACGUUUUGACAUGAAGCUGAUUCUCCAGUUGGACCAAAAGGUGAGUGAUCAGCAGGUGAUGAUGGCAAAGGCAGGAGUUCCAGGUUUUCAUGUGACCAAUAAUCCAACAGAAGUUCGGGUCCAGAUGUAUCUCCUUGAUUUCAUUCUUCGACUGGCUCCUUCCAAGUCAUCCUCCUCUUCUUGAUGUGGGCAUGGGAUUCUGCAUCUACAGUAUGGCAAAUCCCUGGCUGGAGAUUGGCUUGGUUCUUCUCUCAUCUCUGGCAGGAAACCAUGACUCCCUCCUGUCCCACAAUUCCCAGUGGAAGGGGCAUGAAAAGAUAUCAGUCUCGGACAUGUUUAAUUCUGUCUACCGUGUUUGUCUGAUACAAAGUGCAAAGGUAUUGCUGAAUUGGUCAUGACCUUUAAACAGUGAUGAUCUGUCCAUAUCAUUAACUGAGUUCACAUGUGAUUUUGUACUGCUAUAUGAAAUGACAUGGUAAUCUGUGACUUUACUUGCAGAGUAUGAGUUGGAUAUCAAGUGGCAUGAUAAUUUUCACUGAACUCUAGAUGAUGGUUUAGCUCAUCACCCACCCCUUCAGGUCUUUCAAGGACAGUGGCUCAUUGGAAAGUUGUUGGUGAUAUUUCCAUGCUUAUUUUCUGUCAAUUAAAAUGUUGCAAAUGGGAUGUCUUAUUCCAAAGACUCUGUAAUAUAUGUAAUUUGAAU